UUUUCUCUAUUUUCAUUUAUGCCUUUUGUAGUUGAAACAUUGCAAUGACCUUUUGCUUAUAUACGCUGCCAGAUACAAAGAUUGAUCAAGUUUCUAAAAUUCUAUGGUUAUUCUUUCUUUCGUGGCUCCCUUUGAUAAUAUGUUUAGCAUGCUUAUAGAUAUGUCAAGUUGUGGUCCUCGCAUGAUCUGUUUAAGGAGUUCCAAUCGUACCAACAUGGAAAUUUAUCUUAAUUGAUCAGGGUGUCAUUGCUGGCAAUCCAUUGACUGAUACAACGACGGCCUUCAACGCUCGAAUUCCAUUUCUUCAUGGGAUGGGAAUUAUACCAGAUGAAAUCUACGAGGCUGCUCGUGAAGGCUGUGGAGGAGAAUAUCGCUGGCCAUCGAACUCCCAUUGUGCCAAUUCCCUCCAAGACAUCCAAGAGUGCAUGAGGGGCUUAAACGAUGUACACGUCUUGGAGAAAAUCUGUCCAGAAUAUCCAAGCCUCGCCCUUCAAAAGCAGCCGACGUCGCAGGAUCAUGGAAGAAGAAGGCUAACAGAGUCCGCAGUUUCGUCUCUGUGCAGGAAUGCCACAUACUUCUUGUCCGAGUUGUGGACAAAUGACGAAGCUGUAAGGGAGAGUUUGGCUAUUCACAAGGAAACCGUUCCAUCAUGGCUACGAUGUGAUUUCAAUCUACCUUACACAUAUGAAAUCAGCAGCACCGUUGAUGAUCAUUUAGCCUUGAUUACUAAAGGAUACCGGGCUAUGAUAUACAGUGGAGAUCAUGACAGUAAAGUAUCUUAUGUCGACACCCGAGCAUGGAUCAGACGACUUAACCUGCCCAUCACGGACCGUUGGCGACCAUGGCAUCUGGACGACCAAAUUGUGGGGUACACAAGAACUUACUCCAACAAUUUGACAUACGCAACUGUAAAGGGUGCCGGCCACACAGCCCCGGAGUACAUGCCAAGGGAGUGUCUGGCUAUGAUCGAUAGAUGGCUUUCCGGUCAACCUCUUUGAGCAAUCAACUGAUGUGAUGCUGUGGCAGUGCGGAGAUUGGUAAUGUGUAUUGCGAGUAACAGAUGAGAGAAUAAACAUGUAAGAUGAAAGAUGUUGUCGUAUAGUGUGUGUUGUAUUGAGGCUUUCAAGGGGUAACAGGGUGGUCGCUUUCAUUGAGUUGUAGGGGAACUGGCUUAUGAAUUCCGGUGGAAAUGGAAAUGAAUAAAUAAGAACCCGCCGGAGAAAAAAGCUCUUGGAAACUAUUUUCUUGUCCUAUUCAUUUCAGAUUAUGAGAUUUGGGAGGGCCUAUUUUCAUGUGUUGAGCUUAUGCAAAGGUCUGUAAUGGUGCCAAUGUAUGAUUUCUAUGUAUACAAGUCAAACAAAAGGACGGUUUCAGCGGGUUUUCUCCACAUACAAAAGGAGUUGCAAUUAA